UUCCUUCUUUCUCUUCUUCUUUCAUUUGUUUUGUUUUGUUUUGGUUCCGUUUUCUGAGGAGCCAAACAGCAGACGAGAGAGGCGGCGCGCGGCUCAGGGGAAGACAAUACCUGCUCUAUCAACCCUCCUGCUCACUCUACCUCACCCACACGUACAUAAAUAGGUGUCCUAGCAAGGCCCGUCACCCCUUCCAACACACACUAUGUCAAAUAUGGAGGUGGACGAGGAGGUAGGGGCAGAGGCAGGGCCGUCCUCCUCCUCUUCCUCCUCCGCCACCCAGGCCCCACUAGAGGCCUCCCCCGCCGGCCCCAGUGAUGCGGGGUUCAGUGUUGCCCCGACCUCACCCCAGCCUGUCACCCCGGCAGCUGGUGCUAGUGGGAGUGGUAACAGUGGCAGCAGCAGCAGCAGCAUUGUGGGAGGCAUGGGGUUAGGGAGCGUGGAGGGCCUUGGUGUGGGUAUGGGCGUGGGGGGUGGGGGUGGGGGCGGGGGCGGCGGUGGUGGUGGGGAGUCAGUGAUGGCGUCGGCAGGCACGGUGGGGAGUGUGUCCGUGUCCUUGCACCCGCUGGUCAUCCUUAACAUCUCCGAGCACUGGACGAGGCAGCGCGCACAGGAGGGGCGGCCCGUGCAGGUCUUGGGAGCCCUGAUAGGCAAGCAGACCGGCAGACACGUGGAGAUCAUGAACUCCUUUGAGCUGAGUUUCGACGAGCUGGACGGCCACAUCAUCAUCAACCGCGAGUACUACACACUCAAGGAGGAGCAGUACAAGCAGGUGUUCAGCGACAUGGACCUGCUGGGGUGGUACACAACUGGGGACACACCUGGCCCACCCGACCUGCUGGUGCACAAGCAGAUCUGUGACCUCCUAGAAAGCCCAAUCUUCCUCAAGCUCAACCCAAUGGCCCGACACACAGAUUUGCCGGUAAGCAUUUAUGAGAGUGUGCUGGAUCUGGUGAACGGCACCUCCACGAUGCUGCUGGUGGAGCUGCAGUACACGCUGGCCACUGAGGAGGCCGAGCGCAUCGGUGUGGACCACGUGGCCAGGAUGUCCUCCCACGACACCCAGGAAAGCUCCCUUGUGGCGGAGAACCUUCAGGCCCAGUACAGCGCUAUCAAGAUGCUGGCCAGCCGUGUGCGCCUCAUAGCAGAGUACGUGCGGGCCAGCCAGCGCGGGGAGGUGGAGUUCAACCACGAGAUCCUGCGGCAAGUCAACGCCCUCGCCCACCGCCUCCCUGUCCUCAACAGUGACAAGUUCAGGGGAGAGUUUUAUAAUCAAUGCAAUGACGUGGCGCUCAUGUCAUACCUGGGCACCAUCACCAAGUGCUGCAACACCAUGAACCGCUUCAUCAACCGCUUCAACCUGCUGCACGAGAGGCUGGCCAUGGGGCGGAGGAUGCGCGGACUAUUUUUCUGAGAGUUAAUAGACCCUUAUUAGUUGAGUCAUUAUUGCUAUAGCCAAACCAUUUCAAAUAGUCCGUUUGGGCGUCCGAUUCCGUGGGUCCUUUCUUCCCCUUUUCUCUGCCGCACAGUCCCUUCCUCUCAUAUGUUAGCUAUAGGUAACAUAUGAGAGGAAGGGAUAGGUGUUGGGGCUGUGUGGAAGAGCAGAGGGGAGGAAAGGACCUGGGGUAUUGAACGCCCAAACAGACUAUUUGAAAUGGUUGCCCUAUAGGAGUGUUCGAUAACUUACCUCACAGCAAAACUCAUCGACUUGUAUAGCAGUCCUUGAUCUGAUUCCUGUAAAGCAUCGCCUAAGAAUACUUGCAGCACCACACGACUCUUGUCAUACGUAGCGUUAAGAUGCAGAUUGUUAUUUAUUAAUCGAUUCCUGGAGCUACUUUGUGAGCUUUUGUGUUUCAGUGUAUUGAGAAGUACUGUGCAUCAUUAAAUUUGUUCUAUUCCUGUUUUUAACUAUGUGACCAGCAGUGUUGCGUCGUGACUAUUGAAGGACUGAUUGUAUGAAACUUGGCAUGCAGCUACAGUAAUUCUUCCUGACUUUUCUUUCAAUAAAAAUAUGUAAAGCGGA